CACCCGCGCAGCACUCCUUUCGCGCAUGCGUGCUCGUUGAAGUCCUUGAUCCAAAGAAGCCCAGGCUGGGAGCAGAGUUAGCCUGAUACGGAAACAAAAUGCUUAGCUGGAGCCGCGUGUAUAGCACCCUAAGUCAGAAGACUCCCUUCAGUCGUGUUACACCUGGGUUGAAAGCAACAUGUGCUGUACCACUCCGAACCUAUGCCGACCAAGCAUUGGAUGCAGAUAUAACAGUGGUUGGCUCUGGGCCAGGAGGCUAUGUUGCUGCUAUUAAAGCUGCCCAGCUGGGCUUCCAGACAGUGUGUGUGGAAAAAAAUGAAACUCUUGGCGGAACCUGCUUAAAUGUUGGCUGUAUUCCAUCAAAGGCUUUGCUGAACAACUCUCAUCUGUACCAUUUAGCUCAUGGAAAAGAUUUUGCAAGCAGAGGAAUUGAAGUGACUGGCAUCCAUUUAAAUCUAGAGAAGAUGAUGGAACAGAAGAGUGGUGCAGUGAAGUCACUUACAGGUGGCAUUGCUCAUCUGUUUAAACAGAACAAGGUUGUACAUGUUCAAGGCUUUGGAAAAAUCACAGGGAAAAACCAAGUAACCGCAACAAAAGCCGAUGGCAGCACACAGAUCAUUAACUCUAAGAACAUUCUGAUAGCUACUGGAUCCGAGGUCGCUCCUUUCCCAGGAAUUGAGAUUGAUGAAGAUACCAUAGUUUCAUCCACUGGUGCAUUAUCCCUGAAUAAAGUGCCUGAGAAGAUGGUGGUUAUUGGUGCUGGUGUCAUUGGUGUGGAACUGGGAUCUGUGUGGCAACGGUUGGGAGCAGAAGUUACAGCGGUUGAAUUCUUGGGCCAUGUUGGUGGAUUAGGGAUUGACAUGGAGAUAUCCAAAAAUUUCCAGCGCAUUCUACAAAAACAGGGUCUGAAAUUAAAACUUAACACAAAGGUCACUGGUGCCACAAAAAGAGCAGAUGGGAAAAUCGAUGUUUCCAUCGAAGCAGCAGCUGGCGGCAAGGCAGACGUUAUCACAUGUGAUGUUUUACUUGUAUGCAUUGGUCGUCGUCCCUUCACUCAAAACCUUGGUUUGCAAGACCUGGGAAUUGAGCUGGAUAACAGGGGUAGAAUCCCAAUCAACAGCAGAUUUCAAACCAAAGUCCCAAAUAUUUAUGCAAUCGGUGAUGUUGUAGCUGGACCAAUGUUGGCACACAAAGCAGAAGAUGAGGGUAUAAUCUGUGUUGAAGGUUUGGCUGGUGGAGCAGUCCAUAUUGACUACAACUGUGUACCAUCUGUGAUCUAUACCCACCCUGAGGUGGCUUGGAUUGGUAAAUCAGAGGAGCAGUUAAAAGAAGAGGGUGUAGAGUACAAAGUGGGGAAGUUUCCAUUUGCUGCUAACAGCCGGGCUAAGACAAAUGCAGACACAGACGGCCUGGUGAAAAUUCUGGGUCAUAAGUCAACAGACAGAAUAUUGGGAGCUCACAUUCUUGGAUCAGGUGCUGGGGAGAUGAUAAAUGAAGCUGCUCUUGCCAUGGAAUAUGGGGCUUCCUGUGAAGAUGUAGCCAGAGUAUGUCAUGCCCAUCCUACUGUGUCAGAAGCCUUCAGGGAAGCAAACCUUGCAGCAUCAUUUGGCAAAGCCAUCAAUUUUUAAGUCGGGAGAAGAGAGCAUUGUGUGUACAUAGGUUUAUUAUAAGAAUUGUCUGCAGUCAGCUGGAAGCUGGCCACGUUUGUUACUGAAUCCAAUGGACUCUUUAUCAAAUCCAACUAUUUAAUAUGGAGUUUGGAAUCGGGAAUGUACAUGAACCAGUGUAUAAUGCACUUAAUGUAAAUGCAAUCUGAUGAUGUUUGUUGGAAAUAGUAUUUUGGAAGGCUUGAACUUAAAAUUAAUGUUUUGAAGAUAAAGCUCUGUGAAGUAGCUGUGCCAUUUAUAAUAUUGUCUAAUGGAGAAAUAUUCAGACUUCCAAA